UAACCAAGACAGAUUGAAAUUGUAAACUAUGAAGUGUCUGUGAUUGAAAAUUUAAUUUUAUAUUUUUUUACGCAAAUUAUUACAAGUUCUUAAUAAAAUAACUAUUACAUUUAGGUUGAGUACUAUUAGUGCUUAUUCUAAAUAUUCUUUUAUUUAUACAAUAAAUAUGACGCGAAACAUGUAAAUGUAUGAUAGUUACUUUUUAUUAUUUUCCACAAAUGAAGUGUAACGUACGUGAACUUGCUCAUAUGAGCGAUCAGCCUUGUGUUAUUGAAGGAAGAUUAAACUAUAAAAAGAUUUCGAAUGGAGGAUAUCGUAAUCAAGCAGUGUUUAAAGAAAGAUGGUUUCGUCUCAUCAACAACUAUUUAUUUUAUUUUAAAAUAAGUGAAAUGGGUAAAUUUGAUACAAAACACCCAGCGGGUAUGUUUGUCAUGGAAAACUCUUCGAUUCAGAUGGAACAUGGGCAAAAUAUACCCUUUUCUUUUUCUAUAUCCUUUAUAGACGAACCAGAGAAGCGUCACUUGUUUGCAGCUCGAGCUGAAGAUAAUGUAGUGCAGUGGGUUGUGAAGUUAAGAGAAUGCUCUUAUGAAUACUUAAGAAACCAGCUCCAUACAUUGCAAUCAAAAAUUUUCUCUAUUACUGGCAAAGAUCCAUUACUGCUAGUUCCAAGGAAUGAAGGCGCUUGCCUUUGGGCUCCCUCCGUGCCUUUCUCUACAGCGGCCGCCUGUACUGUCAACACCAGCUCCUUCAGCUGCCACCUCCACACUAAUGGGUUUACUCUAGAACGAAGCAAAUCAGAUGUACAAACUAAUCGCCACUUUCGCAAAGAGUCUAAAAAAGCUACAUUCUUCACUGACGACAAAAAUACUGCUCCCGAAAAAGUUGCGUCAAGUAACAACUUCGCUCUAGAGCGAAGUAAGACGUCGGCUUUAUUUUCUGCUAGUUCAAAUCACGUAGAUCCGUCAAUAUUUGACAACCGUCCAGCAUUUUCCCGCGCAGCACCGAGUCCGCCCGUUAGAAAGAAAUCGUCGCCGAUGAGUGUGCGAUAUGACUCGGAUCAUGUCGGCAAAAUGAUAACAGAGCAAAGCAAAUUCCUGGGUACCACCGGUAUCUUAGACGAAGCUCCUGUACCCCCUCGACGUAAAGUAUCGCCAAAAAAUCUAGAAGUACCCAAUACAGAAGACAAGCGACCUCAAACAUCUGGUGAAGAUCUCAUCAAAUUUUAGCCGCCUAUAAGUAGUGUUUGUUUAUCCCACCUUGUAAAAAAAAUAUAUUUUCAUAUUGUUAUUAUUAUAUCACUGCUGUAAUAGUAAAUAUUUUGUAAUUCUUCAAUGGUAAAAUUUUUGCCAUUCAUUUACAUAAUGAACAACGAGGGAAUAAGAUUUCACAACCUAGUAAAAAGUUUUGAUUUUGACUGUGCAGUCAUAGCAAAGCAAAAGGUAGAAUUUUGAAGUCUCUUUAUACUGCCCUGCCAAAAUAUUUGCAUUAAGUGACGUAAUUUAUUUUUUUUAUUUUCUAUUUCCUGGAAAUCCUGUUAUGGCUGUUUAGUUAGGUGAUUAUUGAAAUCUUGCCCUCUUUACUUGUUUUUAUUUGAUUGAUAAUAAAUUUAGUUAUAAAUGUUUACCACUUCAUUAUAUUGUAAAGUGAAGAUAAACAGAAACAAAAAGAACGAAACAGCCAGGGCGUGUGUUUAACCUGAUAAUGUGCAUCACAGAUUAAGAAAAAAGAUAUGAAUAUUUAGAGCGGCAAUUACGCAAUAUUCAAUAGUAUGGUGUUUCUAGUUAAUUUUAACUUUAUCUGGGAAUUUCGGAAAAUACUUUCUUAGUGUAUCCCUAGCCCAUAUAUGGCAAAUUUCAAGUCUAGAAACUUGAAAUUAUUUUGUUUGUUGUUGUUCUUGUCUGUCAAUCAGUCACUAAUUAACAGCAGAGUUUUAUACAUACUAGUUCGUAAACCAUUCAAUUAAAUUCCAAAGUUAUAAAAUAUUUCUUGUGUGGUCGUUAAAGUUUUCCUAUUUUCCUUAUCUUAGAGAUAGAGUUGCCGUUUACGUAAUGACCGGACAGACCUGCGACUAGCCUAACAUUUAGGUUAAAAGUAUUAAAUUUUGUUUUUGGAGAUAUAAUAUAAUGGGUACCUACAUAUUUCAGAACUUUGGUCACCUAUUACUGAAUUGGCUUAUUGGCUUUUGUGUGAACUGUUAUCCCUCGUGAGUCUCGAUCCUACGAUAUAAAAAGAAUAACAAAAACUGGAUAGACCGGACAUUUUGGGCAGGCAGGUAACCCCGAGAGCCAGUUUUCAUACUAAUAAACAUUUGACUCAGCAAAUUUUCCCUAAACCAAAAAUGCUGUAGGUUUUAGGUGCACAAAAAUAUUUGAAUGAUAACUUUCAUAAAUAACAAGAUCGCCACUUUCUAGGGCGCCACACCUAUGUAGCAUAAAAAUAAACACUUGAAAAAUGUAUUCUUCUACUACCAACAUUAUAUUAUUGUGCGAAGAUUUAAAUAAUUUGUGAUAUUUCGAGUUCUGUCUCUAUAACGCUUUUGUAUUUUGUAAUAACUAAUAGAAGUCCCAUCGUUUUAACAUUUUCUAUGUUACUUUGUGAUUUAAUCUUGUGGGGCUAUUGCCGAACAAUAAUGUGCGCAGAUAGAGCAAAUAAAAGUACGUAUCUUCUUUUUAUUUUUUAAAAGAUAAUAAUUUAAUGAAAUUAAGUUGUAAACUGUUAGUACUUGUUAUUUAUAACUGUCUAUUAUAAUACUAAAUGCGCAAGAAAUGUCAAAAAAUAAUUCUUGUGGAAAAACCUCAAAGCUUUUCUAUUUUGGAAGAACGUAUUACAAUUAUUGUUCUAUUUUAAUAAUUUUAAUGCGCAUAUAUGACAUUGUGUGUACUGUGUGAAUAUUGAAAUUUGAUGUUCUUUAUUCUCUCCUUUAGCUUAUACAUAGAUAUAUUUUUGCUUUUUCAUAAAUAGUCUUACUAAAUUGACAGUAAUUUAAGGAAGUAUUAUAUUAUGAUUUUGAGAUUAUUCAAUUAAAUGACACAUUAAUUGCUUUUAUAUGUAGGUAAUCUAGUCAAAGCUUGAAUAUAACAAUGACAUUAACCUGAGCAUAUUACUGUUCAACAUAUUUAUGAGUGUAUAUUUUCAAUUUAACUUUACAAAAUAAAUGUGAAAUGAAAACUACAACUAUUAAAACUUUGUAAGAUUCAGUCUGAAAUAGAUGUAUCUAUUAAAAAUACAACUUGUAUCAUUUCGUAAACAAACAAGUGUAUAUCAAUCAAAUUCCAAUAAAUAUGAAGAAAACAAAAUAGAGCGUGCUAAUUGGAUGGAAUGUUAAAUCUGUUUGUUCUUAUUUCUUCAUAUGCACUAUUAAAACUUGCGGAACAGAGUCGUAUACCUAUUGAUUCAAAAACAUAAAUUUUGUCUAUCAUUAUGGACACGCGUGUAAUCAUUAUAUAGUAUAAAGCUAAGUCGCUUCCCUCGCCUGUAUGUAUGCUUAUAUCUUUAUAACUACACAACGGAUUUUGAUGCGGUCUUUUUUUAAGAAAUAGAGUGAUUCAGAAGGAAGGUUUAUAUGUAUAAUAACAUGCUUAAUAUAUUAAAGAACCACUGAUAAUUUUAAGAUUACUAAAUGAACUCAUUUUUGUGCACUUGCAUUGCAAACGCUAUAGAUCAAAAUAAUGCACUAAAUUAUAAAGUAUACUUGAAAAAGGUCUACAAAAAAUUCGCGAUUGUAUAUGUUUAUCUCUUAGGGAUAACCCACAAUAAUCAAUUUUUUUUUACUUUUAACGAGAUAAAAUGGCUUAUUUACGAAGCGAUUAUAAGCAAUACAGCAUAAAUCCUUGUCUUAUUAAUUACCUUAAGUAUAUUUUGCUUUAAAAUGGAAUAAUAUUGCCCCUUACAGCAUGUAAUUUAAAUGAAUAUUUUUGAAGAUGAGGCAGAUUUAAAAAGUAAAGACAUCGCGGUUGUGGUGGAUCCAGCCAGCCGGUUCAAAUGACCUCUUUCAAGAGUUAGCAUAUCGUUGAGCGUGGUUUCAUGCCUACAUUUAAAAUUCAAGGGCAAGUGGAGAAUACAAAGACGUUCUGUAAUAUAUUUUAGUAUCAGCUUUGCACCCGUGCGAAGCUAGGGCGGAUCGCUAGUGUUUCGAAAUAAAAAGGGAAGAAAGCAAAGUGAGGAUACCUACAGAUAAGUAAAAAGGCAACUAUUUUCAAUCAUGUAUUUCUGUAUAUUAGUAACGUUAUAAAUAAGCAUAACAAAUUUUCAUUAAAUUAUUAACAGACAAUAUGUUAUUGAUAGAUCGUUUUACAAUAAACACAGUUAACAUAACUGCGCCAUUGCGAGUAAUACGUUACUAUUCGAGGCACUUACUAACUAUACCUAAGAUCUCGAAAUUAAAAAUUAUAAUGUUCUUUGUAGUUAAGUAAAACAGAUACUCUCACUACCAAUCGCGUCUGGUAUUUGUUUCGCACUAAUUUUUGUUGUUUAUCCAUUAUAUACAGGAGUUAAUAAAAGGUAUUUGCUUAUAGGACCGGCUA